AGUGGUUUCUAAACGGGUCAACGGUCAAACUUGUAUGUUCUGUUACUGGCAUGGCUCUACCUCGACUUGUGAUACGUAAAGUAGAUAAGCAGACUGCGGUGUUAGAUGCAGACGACCCUGUUUCACAGCUUCAUAAAUGUGCCUUCUAUUUGAAAGAUACAGAAAGAAUGUACCUAUGUCUUUCACAAGAGAGAAUUAUACAGUUCCAGGCGACGCCAUGUCCAAAAGAGGCCAACAAAGAGAUGAUCAAUGAUGGGGCAUCGUGGACUAUAAUUAGUACGGACAAAGCUGAAUAUACGUUUUAUGAGGGCAUGGGGCCGGUCAAGGAACCAGUUACUCCUGUGCCAGUAGUUAAUAGCUUACAGUUAAAUGGAGGAGGUGAUGUGGCUAUGUUAGAUUUAGUAGGUGACAAUUUUACUCCAAUGUUACGGGUGUGGUUUGGAGAUGUGGAGGCGGAAACAAUGUACAGGUGUGAAGAUGGCAUGCUCUGUGUUGUGCCCGACAUUAGUGCCUUCAGAGCAAGCUGGAGAUUUGUUAAACAACCUUUGCAGGUUCCUGUUUUGUUAGUACGAAAUGAUGGUGUUAUAUACUCUACUGGACUAACUUUUACUUAUACACCGGAACCCGGUCCCCGGCAACGAUGCCGGGAGGUUGACGGUCUCUUAGGUAGCAACCAAUCAGACUCUUCGGCUAAUAAUAGUAACAGUGGUCAGAACGGACUAUUAAGUCACGUAGACCCAGUGUAGCCGUUGUUAUUGGUUGUGAUACAAAAAGUUUUUAAAAAAAAAUGUGCAUUAGAAAACAUUAAAAUGUGAUACAUACAUGUUCAAAACUAAGUGCUACAGAUUCAGAUGAAAGCGGACGUUACUGGACGUAGAGAUGAUUAAUUUCAAGAUAUUCAGGAAUAGGAUAACGGGGACAAUUUUGAUAUGAUUUCCUUCUAGCUGACAUAAAAAUGAUGGGUCUGACACUUCUCAUAUUUGUCGGUCAUAAAGUCCGAAACAAACCUUUUUUCUUCCUGUUAAGGUACCAGGUUAGCUUACCAGUCUAAGAUUUAUAUAAACUUCACUCUGAGAUUGAGCAUGAAUCACAAUACUUUGUCACCUACCACUUUCCCCCUCACCGCUGUGGGUUCAAAUCCUGAAAGGUACUUUCAUGUGAGGAAGCUAUCCAGCUAGCUUACGGAACGUCGGUGGUUCUACUCAGGUGCCCGUUCGUGCCUGAAAUAAUGCAAGGAAGGGCACCUGAGGUCUUCCUCCACCAGUAAAGUUGGAACGUUGCGAUAUGACCAAUACUGUGUCAAUGUGACGUAAAACCCAAUCAAACAAACAAAACUUUGUCACCUUUGUACAGUAACCAGUUAUCGCCUCAAAUAAUUCAAUAGGUGUUAGCCCGUUACUGCACUAAAGUUAUGUCCUGUCACUAUACUGCACUAACUGCUGUAGUAAUUGAGAUAGGAUAGUGCUCUGUUAAACAAUUUGAAGUUAACUCCCCUAGAAAUUUUCAUAGGAUUACUGAGUUAUCACCCCUGACACUUAAAGUUUGCGAUUGAAGGAUUUUACUCUGCUGAAGUUUAAGAUCUUGGUUUACGUAAUUUUUUAUCAGACUGUAAUGAUUUACCUACAUGUGAUGGUUUUACUCAGGUGCCCAUCUGUUCAUGUCUGAAAUAAUGCAUGGAAGGGCACCCAAGGUCUUCCUCCGGUAGUAAUGCUGGAAAGUCGCAAUAUGACCUAUUCUAUGUUGAUGCGAUGUUAAACUUGAUCAAAAAAUGAAAAUUUCAAGUUGGUCAGUCAACAGUAGUAGACCCUAGUAAGCCUACAGAAGAGCAAGCUGGAUCUAGACUGAUGGCAAAGGGUAAUCACUUCCAGUUCAAGCUGGUUAAAGAUAAACCACAUUUCUCCAAGUUUCUACUUUUUAUUCUUAGAAAAUGAAUCGAAAAUGAAUCGCCAAUAACGAAGCAAAUGGGGUAGAAAUAAUUGUAAAUAAAACAAA